AUGGUUGUUUCGAAGCAUAUUCAAAAAAUAGAGCAACAACUUAAUGUUUUAUGUAUAGAAGAAUUGAUCUAUGUCCAAGAAAAAUUAACCAGUUUGCUAAAAAUACGGUUAAAUGAAAUACGUGAAGAAACUACUAAAGUCACUAUUACUACUCAGUCAAGAGUGAAAAAUCCAUCUACUUAUUCACCUACUUUUAUUAAGAAAGAGUUCAGUAAUUUAAAUGAUAAUCCAAUAGAAAAUCCUUAUUUGCACAAACUAGGUCAAUUCACGACAGACAGUGAAGAUGAAGAUGAAAAUGAGACAAUUAUUAAUAUUCAACAAACUAGUUCCCCCUUAAAAAAUUCACAGAACGAUAAUAAUAUGAAAAGUAUUAAUGAGAAUACUAAUUUCCAUUCCCCAGAAUUAGAAAAUAAUAGAGAACCCCCUAAGAAUUUAAUCUCCAAACGUAAAAAUUCGUUUGAUCAAUGUAAAACAAAUAUACUUAUUAAACUAAAACAAGAGGAUAAGCAAGAUAACCUGAAAGUAAAUCAGCAAAAGAAACAGAAAAUAACAAAAGGAAAACGUGACUUAAUAAACUUUAAUGUAAAUCCUAUAACGAAAAAUCCCUGGAUCUUGGAAGAUUUUAAGCCUAACGAUGAUGUUAACCCAAGCAAUUUUAAAAGUCAUGGUAAAAGUAGUUACGAGCCUUCUGAACGAGGGCGAAAAGUACAUCCAAUCUUUAUGACAUUUGAAGAGAUGAGAGACCGGCAUGUUGAAGAGAUCCAUAUUAGGGAACGAUCGGUUUCACCACCAGGAUUUGGUAGACUUGAUUUCCCUACAACACAAGAGAAUAAAACAGAUCGAGAAAAAUCAAGAGAAAUUUUAAAAAAUAAAACUAUAAAGAGAUUUAGCAUAGCAUGUAAUAAUAGUAUUCCGCCUUGGGAAAGAAAAUAUAUCUUCAAGAAUAAUAAACUAAAUGAUAUAACAGAUAAUGGUGACUUUCAUUGGGAAAAGGAAAAUUUAGAAGUAUAUAUGAGAUAG